CUUUCGGUCCCAAUGGUUUCUUCCUCCAGCUGGGAGCCUUGAUGCCGGAGGGGCUAGUGGGUCGCCGAGAGCGCCCGAGGGAACCGCCUGGCCUUCGGGGACCGCUUUUGUCUGGAACCACCCUCCCGGCGUAUCCUAUUCCCUCUGCUGCGAGGCUUCACUGGAGGGGUCGAUUUGCGUGUACUUCGGUGACAAGAUUUGCAUUCACCUGAUCCAAACUCUUUUUGUCUCUUUGGGUGACCGGAAAACUCCACCUCAAGUUUUCUUUCGUGGGGCUGCCCCCCAAGUGUCGUUUGUUUUACUCUAGGGUCUCCCGCCCGGCGCCCCCAGUGUUUUCUGAGGGCGGAAAUGGCCAAUUCGGGCCUGCAGUUGCUGGGCUUCUCCAUGGCCCUGCUGGGCUGGGUGGGUCUGGUGGCCUGCACCGCCAUCCCGCAGUGGCAGAUGAGCUCGUAUGCGGGCGACAACAUCAUCACGGCCCAGGCCAUGUACAAGGGGCUGUGGAUGGACUGCGUCACGCAGAGCACGGGGCUGAUGAGCUGCAAAAUGUACGACUCGGUGCUCUCCCUGUCCGCGGCUAUGCAGGCCACUCGAGCCCUAAUGGUGGUCUCCCUGGUGCUGGGCUUCCUGGCCAUGUUUGUGGCCACGAUGGGCAUGAAGUGCACGCGCUGUGGGGGAGACGACAAAGUGAAGAAGGCCCGUAUAGCCAUGGGUGGAGGCAUAAUUUUCAUCGUGGCAGGUCUUGCCGCCUUGAUAGCUUGCUCCUGGUAUGGCCAUCAGAUUGUCACAGACUUUUAUGACCCCUUGAUCCCUACCAACAUUAAGUAUGAGUUUGGCCCUGCCAUCUUUAUUGGCUGGGCAGGGUCUGCCCUAGUCAUCCUGGGAGGUGCACUGCUCUCCUGUUCCUGUCCUAGGAAUGAGAGCAAGGCUGGGUACCAUGCACCCCGCUCUUACCCUAAGUCCAACUCUUCCAAGGAGUAUGUGUGACCUGGAGUCUCCUCGCCCCAGCCUGACAGGCUGUGGGCGUGUCUAGAUGCCUGAAAGGGCCUGGGGCUGUGCUCAGCCUGUGGGCAGGGUGCCGGACAAAGGCCUCCUGGUCACUCUGUCCCUGCAUUCCAUGUAUAGUCCUCUUGGGUGGGGGGUGGGGAGUGUUGGUGGGAGAGACAAAAAGAGGGAGAGUGUGCUUUUUGUACAGUAAUAAAAAGUAAGUUUUGGGAAGCAG